UUAAUUUAAAUAAAUGUAAAAGUAUAUUAUAUACAAAAACAAGUAUAAUUUUUAUUGUUAUUCAACUUACAUAUUAUGUAUUUUUAUUAGAAAUAUUCUCUUCUUAUUCUCUAUCUUAUUACACACAUAUGUAUAGACCCAUAAGAUCUAUUGGCGGGCAAAUUACAACCUGUACACAUAUAUUUCGAGUAACACAGUGCCUUGUUGUUUAUAAUUAAAGUUUAUAAUUAAAGCUGCUUAUAGUUUACGUAAUUGAUUAUCGUACAGAAUGACAAGUUUACAAAAUACAGGGAAAUUUCGACCGUUUAAGGAAAAUACAGGGAAUAAUCAAAGUCAAGAAGGAAAUGCAUCAGGAGAGAUUUCAGGGGGCAACAGGGUAAAUGAAGUUAAUGAAAAUAUAAGAAUAGAUGGUUUAUAUGGUUUUCAUAGAGUAACUGAUACGAAGGAAAGAACAGGAUUUCUUAUCAAUAUGCAUGCAACAGAAAUUAUGGAAAAUGAUAAAAGAUUAAUGAGUGGUGUGGACUAUUAUUUUUUAGAAGAAGACUGUACUAGAUUUAAAAUUUCCUAUCCCUAUAAUCCAUAUUUUUAUAUUUUAUGCAAAAAGGAUACAUAUGAGGAAGUUUCUACUGGUUUAAAUAAAAAAUAUACUAAUUUAAUACAUAAAGUACAGACUAUUUAUAAAGAAGAUCUUGAUCUGUCAAAUCACCUCAUUGGUUUAAAACAGAAAUAUUUAAAAAUUUCUUUUAUUAAUACUGUGGACUUGAAUAAAGUCAGGCGUGGUAUUAUGAAAGCUGUAAAGUUAAAUAAGGAACGUGAAAAACAUAAUACCUAUUAUUCAAACAUGUUAUCAGAUGUACUAAAUACAGAACAGGGUACAGGAGAUAUUAAGAAGCAAACCAUAGAUUUUAUGGAUAAUAUUCUUGAUAUCAGAGAAUACGAUGUACCACAUCAUGUUCGUGUCUCCAUAGACAUGAAAAUUUGUUGUGGUAACUGGUAUUCUGUGAAAACAAGAGGAAAUGAUGUACCAACAAUUACAAAGAGAGAUGAUCUUAUUGAACCACCUGAUCCAAUUGUGUUGGCAUAUGAUAUUGAAACUACAAAACUUCCUCUGAAAUUUCCAGAUGCUGAUACUGACCAAAUUAUGAUGAUCUCAUAUAUGAUUGAUGGACAGGGGUAUUUAAUAACAAAUAGAGAAAUAAUUGCAAAUGAUAUCGAAAAUUUUGAGUAUACCCCAAAACCGGAGUUUGAGGGAUUUUUUACAGUUUUCAACGAACCUAAUGAAAAGGCCACAAUAAAAAGAUUUUUCGAUCACAUAAACGAUAUUCGACCACAUAUAUUCGUAACAUACAACGGUGAUUUUUUCGAUUGGCCAUUUGUAGAGACUAGAGCAGCUUUUCAUAACAUGGAUAUGAAAGACAGAAUUGGUUUUUCUAAAAAUCGUGAUGGAGUUUACAGCAGUAGACCAGCCAUGCAUAUGGACUGUUUAUGUUGGGUCAGGCGCGAUUCGUACCUUCCUGUAGGUUCUCAGAAUUUAAAAGCUGUAGCAAAGGCAAAGCUUAGAUAUAAUCCAGUGGAACUGGAUCCCGAAGAUAUGUGUAGAUUGGCGUCUGAGGACCCAGAGACUCUCGCAAAUUAUUCAGUUUCUGAUGCGGUUGCAACGUACUAUCUUUACUAUAAAUAUGUUCAUCCUUUCAUAUUUGCUCUGUGUACCAUUAUUCCUAUGGAACCAGAUGAAGUACUUAGAAAGGGAUCUGGUACAUUAUGUGAAUCCCUCUUAAUGGUGCAAGCUUUUCAAGCUAACAUUAUAUUUCCUAACAAACAGGAGCAGGAAUUCAACAAAUUUACGAAAGAUGGUCAUUUAUUGGAUCAAGAAACAUAUGUUGGAGGACAUGUUGAAGCUUUAGAAUCUGGUGUUUUCAGAGCCGAUAUUCCUUGUCGUUUUAAAAUAGUACCAAGUGCAGUAGAAGAAUUAAUAAAUGGCGUUGAAUCUGCAUUAAAGCAUGCUAUACAAGAAGAAGAAAAAGUGCCCAUGGAAAUGGUUACAAAUUUUGAGGAAGUGGUUGAAGAAAUUACAGUGAAAUUGGAAGGUUUAAGAAAUCAACCACUGAGAUUAGAGAACCCUGUAAUAUAUCACUUAGAUGUCGGUGCUAUGUAUCCAAAUAUUAUUUUAACCAAUCGUCUUCAACCAUCUGCGAUGGUCGAUGAAACUGUAUGUGCUGCAUGUAAUUAUAAUAAACCAGGAGCACUUUGUCAAAGAAAAAUGGAGUGGAUGUGGAGAGGAGAAUAUUUUACUGCAACUUUAAGUGAAUAUCAACGAAUGCAGCAACAACUUGAAAAUGAAAAAUUUCCAUCGCAAUUCCCAGGCGGAGCUCGUAGGGCAUAUCAUGAAUUAUCUAAAGAGGAACAAGUAUCGUAUGAGAAGAAACGACUCACAGAAUACUGUAAGAAAGCUUACAAGAAAGUUAAGAUUACUAGCAUGGAAGAAAGAACACAAACGAUUUGCCAAAAAGAGAAUUCAUUUUAUGUUGACACUGUACGAGCGUUUAGAGAUAGGAGAUAUGAAUACAAGGCGCUUACUAAAGUAGCUAAACAAGAGGUGGCGGCAGCCGUAGCAAAAGGAGAUGCUGCUGAUAUUAAAUCUGCUAAAAAUCGAGAAGUACUAUAUGAUUCAUUACAACUGGCACACAAAUGUAUCUUAAAUUCCUUCUAUGGAUACGUUAUGAGAAAAGGGUCUCGAUGGUUUAGUAUGGAGAUGGGUGGCAUAGUAUGUUACACGGGAGCACACAUUAUUAUGAGAGCUAGAGAAAUUAUCGAACAAGUUGGCCGACCUUUAGAAUUAGAUACGGAUGGAAUCUGGUGCGUUCUACCAGCAUCUUUUCCUGAUAAUGUUGUUGUUCAUACUACUCACCCAAAGAAAAAAAAAUUGGUAGUAUCAUAUCCGAAUGCUGUUCUUAAUUUUAUGGUGAAGGAUCAGUUUACUAAUGACGUAUACCAUGAACUCGUCGAUCCUAAAAAUCUUACGUAUAAAAUUAGGAGUGAAAACUCUAUAUUUUUUGAAGUGGAUGGUCCUUAUUUAGCUAUGGUAUUACCUGCAGCGAAAGAAGAAGGAAAAAAAUUAAAAAAACGAUAUGCAGUCUUUAACUUCGACGGUUCUUUGGCUGAACUGAAAGGUUUUGAAGUAAAACGAAGAGGUGAACUUCAGCUAAUAAAAGUUUUUCAGACGUCCGUAUUCGAAUCUUUCUUAAAAGGUAGCACAUUAGAAGAGUGCUAUGCGUCAGUAGCUAAAGAUGCAGAUUAUUGGCUUGAUAUUCUUUAUAGCAAAUGUGCAGAUAUGCCAGAUUCGGAAUUAUUUGAACUUAUAUCCGAAAACAAAUCAAUGUCACGAAAAUUGGAGGAUUAUGGAAGUCAAAAGUCAACGUCUAUUUCUACUGCUAAAAGAUUAGCAGAAUUUUUAGGUGAUCAAAUGAUUAAAGAUGCUGGCUUAGCAUGUAAAUACAUUAUUGCUAAUAAACCUCAAGGCGCACCAGUUACAGAACGGGCAAUACCAUUAGCAAUAUUUCAAUCGGAACCUGCAAUAAGAAAAUAUUAUUUACGAAAAUGGUUAAAAGAUUCUAGUUUACAAAGCGACGACAUACGGGAUAUUUUAGAUUGGAGUUAUUAUAUUGAAAGACUCGGAAGUGCUAUUCAAAAAAUUAUUACAAUUCCAGCAGCAAUGCAAGGAUUAUCCAAUCCGGUUCCUAGAGUGAAGCACCCGGACUGGUUGCAUAAAAGAGUAAUGGAAAAAAGUGCAACGCAUAAACAAAAAAAGAUUACUGAUAUGUUUACCAUGAUGCCUAAAGAUAAAGAAAAAAAUAUUGGCAACCAAGAUAUAGAAUCAUCUGAAACAUGCGAUAUAGAGGAUAUCGCCGGGAAACCCUCAACUUCUAAGCAGUCAUUGCCAAUUGUUAAUAAAAGAAAACGACAAUUUUUAGAAGGAAACGAAGCAGAAAAUGCAAAUAAAAGUUGGAAAGAAGUUCUAGGUUCACCACCACCAAUGGGAACAACAAAGGAAGAAAGAUUAAAAUGGUUGGAAUUCCACAAACAGAAAUGGGCUCAUCAAGCUAAGCAAAGGGCUGAAUAUCAGAAGAGCAAGAAGAGUAAGCGUUCUAAUAAUGAUGGAGAUGAAGUUUCUUGGGGUGUUGCAAGAGAUACCAAUACAUCUACAUUGGGUGGUUUUUUCAAGCGAACUCAAAGAAAAUUGCUUAUGAAUCCAUGGCAAAUUAUUCAAAUAUCACCAACAAACAAGCCUGGUUUAUAUCGAUUAUGGGUAUUAGUCGAUAGAGAUUUACAUCAAUUGCGUCUUAUAAUACCUCGUAUAUUUUAUGUAAAUACUCGUAAACCUAAACCUAAUCCAGAACCAGGUAAAAAAGUAUCUUGGAAAGAAAGCAAGAAAGUUCUUCCACGAUCUCGACCUAUAUAUAAUUUAUAUCAAUAUACUGUGCCGGAAACACAGUUUCAAUUAUACAGUCAGGAGCUUUUAGAAGAUAUGAGUAGACCAGAAAUUGAAGGAAUUUAUGAAACUCAAAUGUCACUAGAGUUUAGAGCUAUUCUUCAAUUAGGAUGCGUUUGUACAGUUGAUCCUAAGGCAGCACGGACCAUGGCAGAUGGUGCAGAUACAUUUGCCCUAGAUCAGUUAGAAUACAAGAGUGUUGCUGUGCAAUCAUAUCUUAAAAAUCUUAAUCAAACUAAUUAUAUUUUCUUAUAUCAUCAUUGGAGUUCAAACCAUCAAAGAGCUUUAUGGGGACUGUUUUUAAAUGCAACUAAAAGAGCUCAUAUAUUUGUUUUGGAUUCUGUUUCGUCAAAUCAGAUGCCUAAUAUGAACACGUUGUACAUUCAAGAACGGGAUACAGUUAUAUCCACAAAUGGGGAAGACAAAGUAACAUUUUUACCAGAGUCGAUGCGAUUCGAAUUAAAAUUUGAAACAAACUUUCAACAAGUCUGUCGUAUUUUACAAGCAGUUAUAACUACAUAUAAAAACGAGGGACAUGGUGCAACAAUAUUUAUUAUUCAGACAGCUUUAGAUAAAACGACAUUAGUAACUCACAUGCCAUUACUUAAUGACUUUCCUCUAAUUAGCACCUAUGUACAAGAUAUUGAAACUUUAUACAAUACACUGGAGUGGCAGAAAGUUGGUGCAAAAACGAUGUUACGUCAUUACCUUAAGAGCCAGCAAAUUUAUGAAUUAAUGACAGAACAAUGUAGAUUCCUUCAUGUGCCAAUUGGAAAUAUUCCUGCGGAUCCUAUUGUUUUUGGUGCAGACAUAUUUUUUGCAAGACAUUUGCAAAAGAAUAACUUUGUAUUAUGGUGUUCUCCAACAGAGAAACCAGACUUGGGUGGCAGUGAAAAUGAUGAUAACAGAUUAUUGACAGAUUAUGAAGAAAGUUUACAUUCUGCUGCAAAUAAUGCCGGAACUUAUUCUAGUGUUUGUAUUGAAUUGGAGAUAGAAAGUUUAGCAGUAAAUACAUUAUUACAGCAUCACCAUAUUCACGAUAUUGAUGGAACUAGUAAUUUUGUCGCAUUCCACACUCAACAACAGACAUCUGUUCAAGAUAUGGCAACACAUGAUGGCAUGACAAAUAUAAUUCCUAAUUACGACGAAACUGUUCUUUGCAGUCCUGCUUUUAGAAUAUUGCGAAAUAUGGUAAACACAUGGUUGCUAGAUGUAUCAGUUCAUAAAAAUAUAUUUGCAGAUUAUCAAAUUAUUCAUUUUUACAGAUGGUUACGUUCACCCAGUUCUUUACUUUACGAUCCUGCUUUGAAAAGAACUUUGCAUACCUAUAUGAAAAAAUUAUUCGCGCAGUUAUUAGCAGAAUUUAAAAAUCUGGGAUCCAUAAUUAUUUUUGCCAAUUUUAAUAAAAUCAUCAUUUGUACCAAGAAAAGGACAAUGAGUGAUGCAUUAAACUAUAUGGAAUUCGUUGUUCAAACAAUACGCGAUAAAGAACUAUUCCACAGUAUUGAAAUAACUUUUGAACAGUGUUGGGAGUAUUUAACAUGGCUUGAUGUACAUAAUUAUGGAGGUAUAAAAGGAAAAUUACCGAAAGAUAUAGAGAAUACUACGGAUACAAAUAGUGAAAAUGCUGAAGAUGAGAAUGACGGCGAGCCUGAAAUAGUAAUGAAUUGGAAUUUAAUGGAGUGUCUCCCCAAAGAAGCUGCAUGUCAAUCAAGCUUUACUGCUAUAAUAGCGGGAUACUUCCAUGCAAUUUAUCAGUUCAUAUUGGAAAAUGAAUUGAAUACUACUGUAAGGCCUAGGAACUUAAAUAAUUUAAGUCAAUUAUCACACAACUGCACAACUGCACAACUUGGAUUAGGAUCACUUGAGAAUACCGCAGAAUUUGCUAAAAAACUGAUAAAGGGAGAUAUGUCCCAAAAACUAUUCCAAAUUGUACAGAAAAUACAUAAAAAUCUUCCAGAAAAAACAUUAACAAUUGAAGAAUGUCCAAACUUAGAUUUAGAUGGUAAAGACAGUAAGAAAAUUAAUCCAGCAUUGGAGUUAAUAAAAUCAGUUUGUAAGGUUUUAUCUCUGGAUGCAGAAGUUGAAAAUGAAGUAUACUAUUUGCGAACAAACAUGUUAAAGCUAAUUAGAGUUGGCAGUUUCAGCGAUCUAGUUGAUUGGAAAGAUCCGUGCAUUUCUUUAGUUGUGCCUGAAAUUAUUUGUAAAGUAUGUAAUCACACAAGGGACAUCGAUCUUUGCAAAGAUAACUUUUGUACCAUGGAUCGGGAUAGGUACAUAUGGAAAUGUCCUCUUUGUAAAAUGGACUAUGACAAUGAUGAAAUAGAGUUCCUUUUGAUGGACAUGUUAGAUCAUAAAAGUAUGGCUUACAUGUUGCAAGAUUUACAAUGUUGUAAAUGUAAUGAAGUUAAGAGGGAAAAUAUGAACGAACUUUGUUCUUGUUCUGGUAACUUUAAAACUUUGAUUCCUAAAAGUGAAAUAGAGAAGUUUAUGAAGAUCUGUAAAUCUGUGGCCAUAAAAUCUAAUAUGAAAACAUUGUUAGAAAUUAUCCAGAAUACAAAAGUUCUUGUAGAUUCAAAGUAAUUUAUAUGUUUUUACUGUGAUUAUAUCUAAUUUAAGCAAUAUUAAGGAAAAUAAAGUUUAACCUUAUAUUUAUAA